GAUAAUUUGGUAACACAGGACACGUCUUCGUAAACAGGCCGAGGAUCGUACAGGGGGAGAAAAAGUCACCCUUCCUCCCUUAUUUUGACUCAUGCUGACUCGCUCCCCGUGACCUCCUGAAGCAUGGGGGAGCCAGAGCAGCUCAUUGCUGAGCCUGACGAGAUAGAGGAGGAGGAUGUAGAAGGCCUCCAUCCACCCACCCUCCAGCAGCAGAACCCAAGAUUCCUCACAUACGUCAUAACCUCAGCAACAUCAUUUUUGGCUGCCAAUGGAUGGCAUGCUGUAGGCGUCUUUCUGCUGGGCUGCAUUGCUUGGAUUCAGUUUGGACCUAAGGUGCAGAGUUGGCUUAGGAAGAGGGAGGAAGAAAAGGAAGCUGCAGAGAACCACAGAGAACCAGAUGCCUUCCUUGCCAAACAGCGAGCUAUUGACGAAGCUCGCCGCAGGAUGCAGGAGCAGUACAACAUUGCAGCUGCCAUCAGCUUGGAGAAGAAGAAAGAGAUGAUGGAGAAAAAGAAGGAAGAGAAAAUUAAGGAGUGGGAGAGUAAACAGCCCAGUGGAGGCCGGACGUUGAGAUCUCCAGACAGUAGUGCUGCCUCUGCCAGUGUCAGCAGUGCCAAAGGGAAGUCAGCACCCAAAGCAAGGCUAAGACCAGAAUACAACCCCAUGACUGGAGACACUGGUGCAAGUAGCAGUUGCAGGUGGAGGCCUACUGCUCAGAGGCCAUCUGGUGGUGGAUGAGGUUAAAUCUUGUACACUCCUUUCCAUGGCCUGCAUCCUGAACCUACUUAAGUAUGGCAUCAGUCACUUAGGAUGUACUGCACUGAUUUGACCUGACAUCAGUAUAUUCAAUGUAUGCCUCACUAUUCAGUGGAUGAUUUUCUGCACCUGAAAGAAGUCUGUUUGCCAGAUAAUCCAGGGUCAUGGCCAGAUGAGAAAGUAAGUGUACAAGUUUGGCGUGAUACUGAUUUGGUGGCUUUGAUCAACCUGCCAUUUGUCAUCUAUGUAUUCAUCAGUACCCACCAAUCUCCAUACUCAAAGGCUCUUGUGGUCAGAUUUUGUGAAGCUAUGAACUGAAGCAGCAUUGAGCUGGGGUUCAUGGUGGAAGGUUCUUCUGACCCCUAAGAAUUAUACAUGAACAUUCACUCCUUGUUGGUGCAUGUGAAUCUCAUCAUGCCACUUUGCCAUAAUUUCUCUUGUACUACUCAUGAAGUAGAACAGCAUCUCUAUGUGAAUGGUUAUGUUUAGUCUUAGGAGAUCCAUUGAGAACCAGAUAUUAAACCUAUGACAGUGUAUUGCCUUGCACGCAGUAAAAUGUAUAUCUUUA